AAUGCGGUUGGUGGCUGGUGGGGUGGGGUUCCUUACUGCCGGAGGUGGAGGUGGAGGUGUGGUGGGCGGAGGUCUGGUCGGAAAUGGAUCCAUUCAUGGAGAUGUGGAAAGGGAGGAAGAUGAAGAGGAAAGGAAAAAAAGUGGAAUUUUUUUUUUUUUAAAAUUCAACAAUAUAUUUUGGACAAAUGAAAAUGAGACACAUGUAGGUGACUUAUUGUUGUAGGUUUUUGGACAAAUGAAAAUGCGACACAUGUAGGUAACUUAUUGUUGUAGGUUAAGUGACCUGCUUGGCCUAAUAGAAUAAAACACCCCCAAAGUUUUGAUUAUUGUGGAAUAAUCGAGAGGUGGAUUAAUAAAAAAAAAAAGAUCGCGUAAAUGUUGGAUAGAAUAAAAAACGGAAGGAGUAAUGUAUUUAAUUUCCUUUACAAAAAAAAAGGAAAAAAAGAAAAAAAAGCGCAAAGUAAUCAUGAAAAUUCUAGUAAAUUCUAGGAAUAUCAUCCGACUUCUAGACUCCUCUCUUUCUCCUCAUCAAAAUCCCCUCCAUUUCGUCGUUCUCUCAUUCGCAAUUCACAGUUCAAAAACAAUUUUCUGAACAACAAAAAACGCAAUUCAAACUCACAUUUUCUCUCUCAUACUACGCACUUCAAUUUCGAUCGUUUUCUUAUUCAAUCAAAGAUUCACUGUUAGUUCAUCUUCAAAUUUCAUUUCAAAGCUUUUCGAUUAUAUCUCAAAAGGUGAUCGAAUAUGAAUCCUGAUAAGUUUACCCACAAGACAAAUGAGUCACUACUUGCUGCUCAUGAAUUGGCAUUGAGCAAUGGACAUGUACAGAUUACCCCACUCCAUGUUGCCACCACCUUGAUUGGUGAACCUGGUGGUAUCUUUUGCCAAGCGGUGUCACAUGCUGGUGGCGGCGAUGAGGCUGCUAACUCGGUGGAAAGAGUGUUCAAGAGGGCUAUAAAGAAUCUUCCAUCUCAAAGUCCUCCACCUGAUGAGGUGCCAGCUAGCACAACUCUCAUCAAAGCUAUUCGACGUGCUCAGUCGCUUCAGAAAUCUCGCGGGGAUUCGCAUUUGGCUGUUGAUCACUUGAUUUUGGGGAUUAUUGAGGAUUCUCAAGUCUCUGAUUUGCUCAAGGAGGCUGGGGUUGCAAUGGCCAGAGUGAAGACCGAGGUUGAGAAGCUUCGUGGGAAAGAUGGGAAGAAAGUGGAAAGUGCUACGGGAGACACCACUUUCCAAGCCUUGAAAACUUAUGGCCGUGAUUUGGUUGAGCAGGCUGGGAAACUCGACCCUGUGAUUGGUCGUGAUGAGGAGAUUCGGAGGGUUGUAAGAAUUCUAUCAAGGAGGACUAAGAACAAUCCUGUGUUGAUUGGUGAACCAGGUGUGGGUAAAACGGCUGUGGUUGAAGGCCUGGCUCAAAGGAUUGUGAGCGGUGAUGUUCCGAGCAACCUUUCUGAUGUCAGGCUAAUUGCAUUGGAUAUGGGUGCUCUAGUUGCUGGAGCCAAGUACAGGGGUGAAUUUGAGGAGAGGUUGAAAGCUGUGCUGAAAGAGGUGGAAGAAGCUGAAGGGAAAGUCAUUCUCUUUAUUGAUGAAAUCCAUCUUGUCCUAGGAGCAGGAAGAACUGAAGGUUCCAUGGAUGCUGCAAAUUUGUUUAAGCCUAUGCUUGCCAGGGGUCAACUUCGUUGCAUUGGUGCAACAACCCUUGAGGAGUAUAGGAAGUAUGUAGAGAAAGAUGCAGCAUUUGAGAGGCGUUUCCAGCAAGUGUAUGUUGCUGAGCCAAGUGUUCCUGACACGAUCAGUAUCCUUCGAGGGUUGAAGGAAAAGUAUGAAGGACACCAUGGAGUUCGAAUCCAAGAUAGAGCCUUGGUGGUUGCUGCACAACUAUCCGCAAGAUAUAUUUCAGGUCGUCAUCUGCCUGAUAAGGCUAUUGAUUUGGUUGAUGAGGCAUGUGCAAACGUCAGAGUUCAGCUAGACAGCCAGCCAGAGGAGAUAGAUAAUUUGGAGAGGAAGAGAAUGCAGUUAGAAAUUGAGCUACAUGCUCUUGAGAAGGAGAAAGAUAAAGCUAGCAAAGCACGGUUAGUGGAGGUUACUAAGGAGCUUGAGGACUUGAGGGAUAAACUUCAGCCUUUAAAGAUGAAAUAUAUGAAGGAGAAGGAGAGGAUUGAUGAGCUCCGUAGACUGAAGCAAAAAAGGGAAGAGCUCAUUAUUUCUGCACAAGAGGCUGAAAGAAGAUAUGAUCUUGCAAGGGCUGCUGAUUUAAGGUAUGGAGCAAUCCAGGAAGUCGAGGCGGCUAUUGCUAGAUUGGAAUCUAAUGCUACCGAUGUUGAAUUGUUGACUGAAACUGUUGGGCCAGAGCAGAUUGCAGAAGUGGUGAGCCGAUGGACUGGUAUUCCCGUCACAAGAUUGGGUGAGAAUGAGAAGGAAAAGCUAAUCGGCCUCGAUGAGAAAUUGCACCAAAGAGUGGUGGGUCAAAAUAGUGCAGUUGCAUCUGUUGCAGAAGCCGUUUUGAGAUCUAGGGCUGGACUAGGGAGACCUCAACAACCAACUGGUUCUUUCUUGUUCUUGGGUCCAACAGGUGUUGGGAAAACUGAACUUGCCAAGGCUCUUGCAGAACAGCUUUUCGAUGAUGAGAAUUUGCUGGUGAGAAUUGAUAUGUCUGAGUAUAUGGAGCAACACUCUGUGGCCCGAUUAAUUGGUGCUCCUCCAGGGUAUGUUGGCCAUGAAGAAGGUGGGCAACUGACAGAGGCUGUCAGAAGAAGGCCUUACAGUGUUGUGUUAUUCGAUGAGGUUGAAAAGGCCCACACUUCUGUCUUCAACACUCUCUUGCAAGUUCUUGAUGAUGGAAGGCUGACAGAUGGGCAAGGGCGGACAGUUGACUUCAGGAACACGGUGAUCAUCAUGACAUCUAAUCUUGGUGCAGAGCAUCUCCUUGCUGGACUUUCAGGCAAGAGCACAAUGGAGGCAGCUCGAGAGAAAGUUAUGGCAGAGGUGAGAAGACACUUCAAGCCUGAACUGCUCAAUCGGUUGGACGAGGUUGUAAUAUUUGAUCCUCUAUCACAUGAACAACUAAGGAAGGUUGCUAGGCUGCAAAUGAAGGAUGUGGCUAAACGUCUUGCUGAGAGGGGUAUUGCCUUGGCUGUUACAGAUGGUGCUCUAGAUUACGUCUUAGCAGAGAGUUACGAUCCAGUAUAUGGUGCAAGGCCUAUUAGGAGGUGGUUAGAAAAGAAAGUUGUCACAGAAUUAUCGAAAAUGCUCAUCAAGGAGGAAAUUGAUGAGAAUUCAACCGUCUUCAUUGAUGCUGGGAUGGAUGGACUUGCGUACCGCGUGGAGCAAACUGGUGGGAUGGUUAAUGCUGCAACUGGGCAGAGGGCUGAGGUCCUGAUUCAAGUCCCUAAUGGACCACGAAGUAACGCCACACAAGCUGCAAAGAAGUUAAAGAUCGAGGAACUUGAUGAUGAGGAUGAUGAGAUGAUGGACUGAAGAGCUCAAGUAUAUGAUGAUGAAAGCUUUCCUUUUUAUGGGCUUUUUACCUAAUUUCAUGGAUUAGCAAAUUUUCUUUAUAAAAAAGGCUUAUGUAAUGUUGUUCAAUCUGUUAAUGAGUGUUGUUCAAAUUUUCAUGGAUUAGCAAAUUUUCUUAUGUAAAUAAGGCUUAUCCGCUUAUGUAAUGUUGUUCAAACUGUUUGUUUUGGCUUUAAGUUGUAUAUAGGACAGCAAAUGUUAUUUCAGGCUACUA